AUGCCUUGGACAUCAUCGAAGCUCGUGGCCGCGCCGAUCGGCGCGAGCGNNCGGCGGGCCAACUGGAAGCUGACGCAUGGCGGCAAGGCCGCAGGCAGAGGCGCCGGCAAAGGCGGGCCAGGAAGGCCUAAUCCCUUCCAAGGGGAGCUCAGCAUGACCUUGUCGGCUGGGUCCCUGGAAGGCGAGGGCCGCACUAUGUCGUGUCCGCAAAACUUGGGUCGUUCCGUCGGCUACCUCGCGGAGGGCAAGAGAUUUCUCCGCUGGCUCCAAGCCGAGGGCUCUAUGAAUGAGUCCAUCGCUACAGAACUCUACGAGCGAGCUAAAUGGAAGCGCACCACCAUCGUCGAGGACAAGUCCUUCGAGAUUUCUUAUCCAUUCUUCGCGGCCUGCGGGGCGCUGCAUCUACCGGAUGUGGCCAGCUUGUUCCUGGAUAGCGACCCGCUGGGUUUGCGCGGACGCCUCAGCUUCUUCUACUCGCGCCCAGCCUUCAAUACGGCCGCAGAAGUUCGCGCUGCCAACAAUGAGCUUAAUGCUCACGCGCAUCUCGCCGACGACCUGGCUACGUUCUUCUGGCCGUGCCACACCACACACGACCCGGUCUGGGCCGGGCAGGAGCGGUUCGUCUCCAUCAAGGCUUACCCGUUUCGCCUGUAUCAGUUGAGUCCCGACGCGCAGGCUUGUUUCGACGAGCAUUUUGAUUUGCAUGUGGCGAAACAGAAGGAGGCUCAUCUUGUUGACCAAGAGAAGGCAAAAUUCCACGGGAAAGCCAAGACCAAGCACAUUCGCUUGGCUUUCGCCCUCCACCUCUUCGAGCAAACACGUCUCGGACAUACGAGCGAGAAUUGGAGCGCUGUCCUUGACAAGAAGCAUUUGGUGGUCGCGCUCCAGCUCGGGGACUACCUGGAUUCCGUUGCAGCCGCUAUGCAGCGCUUCUUCGCGACCGUGAUGACGGACACCACUCUGCCCGCGGCUCCGCCUGGCAAAAGCCGUCUCUCUGUUCGGGACCAGCUGGCGGCGGUUCUUGACGGCGACUGGGCCGUCUUCGCUGGGAUUGAUGACAGCUACAAGAUUUUGUUUUGGAAGCUUGCUCAGGAAAUCCUUCGUCAGGACGCAGUGUGGAUCGUCAACACGGCUUUGUCCAGCUUGCAAUCCGUGGUGGCUUUGCUCGGUUCCGUCCCCGAUGGUGGCGCCACCGUUCUGCCUCGUGUUGCCAAUUUGCUGCAACACUUGCAGCUCGUUGUUGUGGUGAAAGGCAACAACACACAUGGAACCCCUCUCUUCUACAUCGUCAA